CCAAGUUGCUGUCUAGUGGUCUCACUCCGUCGUUUCCUGCUUCUGCGAACGUCGCUCAACAACGCUCCUCCUCCGCCUCUUCCAACAACAACUACAACCGCAACAAUCGCAACCAGAACCGCAACAAUCAUUCACACGCCAACAGUGAUGUGGUGUGGCCAUCUCCACCGUCUGCUCCUCGUCCCCACCAGAACGUUGGUCGUCCAUACCUAGGUCGUUGCCAAAUCUGUAGUGUUCAGGGACAUAGCGCGCGGAGAUGUCCCCAACUCGCUGCGAUGACUUCACAAUCAUCCCCGCAACCACAUCCUCCACUCACACCGUGGCAGUCACAGCCUCGUGCCAAUCUCGCGGUCGGGUCUCCGUACAUCGCAAGUAACUGGCUUCUUGACAGUGGUGCAACCCACCACAUCACGUCUCAACAAUCUCUCGCUGCAUCAACCGUGAAGGAUCUCAGCACGGGGGCACUUCUUCUACAAGGCAGAACUAAGGACGAACUCUAUGAGUGGCUGGUGUCGUCUCCACAAGCUAUGGCAAUGCUUACCUCCUCCACUAAGAGUACAUAUUCUUGGCUAUAUCCUCUCAAACACAAAUCCCAAGUAAAAGAAACCUUCAUUGCCUUUAAAGCCCUUGUUGAAAACCAUUUCAAGUCUCGAAUUGACACACUCUACUCGGAUAAUGGUGGAGAGUUCAUUGCGUUACGGAGUUUUCUUGCAACUCACGGCAUCUCACAUCUCACUACACCGCCGCACACUCCGGAACACAAUGGACUCUCCGAGCGUAAACAUCGUCAUGUGGUGGAAACCGGCCUCACUCUCAUGACCGAGGCAUCAUUACUGAAGCACUAUUGGCCAUAUGCCUUUGCUGCUGCUGUCUACUUGAUCAAUAGACUGCCCACACCGGUCUUGAACAAUGACUCACCGUAUCAUCGCUUAUUUGGGACGUUGCCAAACUAUGGGAAGCUCCGGGUCUUUGGUUGUCUAUGUUUUCCCUGGUUGCGUCCAUACACGGCGCACAAGCUUGACGCUCGCUCUAAACCUUGCGUGUUUGUUGGGUAUUCUCUCACACAGAGUGGAUACUUAUGUCUUGAUCCCGAAACUGAACGAGUCUAUGUCUCUCGACACGUUCAGUUUGACGAGCUCACGUUCCCUUUUUGUACAAGCGCAUCAUCGAUGGAAGCUCCUCCUGUUGUUGAUACAUCGGUCACCACUUCGCUGAGUGUGAUUCGUCUGCCUUCACCAGAACAAGUGCCUCCCUGCUCGGUCCCUCACCCUCCGCCACCUCCACCGACGAAUGUCUCUCUUCUGUCUCCAUCUCAGGUAUUGCCUUCUAACCCUCAAACUCCAUCCACUGCUCCUCACGAGCCACAAAAUCAAAUCUUACCACCACUAAAUCCCUCCCCACCAGUGCCUAACCCUGAAAUGGCCAACUCACAAACACCGUCCACUGAAGUCUCUCCAAUGCCCUCUUCGAGACCCUCUUCUCCCUUACCACAACCAUCACCUCCACUCUCACCUCAACCACCACCACCACCACCACCCCCUGCCCCUCUCCCUGAAAUUGUACCACAACCUGAACCUGACAACCCGGAUGAACCCAUGAAUACUCACCAGAUGCGAACGCGUUCCAAAAACAACAUAACCAAACCCUCGAAAAAGCUCUCUCUCCUUGCAGCCCUCAAAAACCUGUUACCCAUGGAACCAACAACAAUCACACAAGCAUUAAAAGAUCCCAACUGGGGUCGAGCUGUCUCUGACGAGUUUGGUGCUCAUAUCCGUAAUCACUCGUGGGAUCUCGUCCCACCGAACCCUUCUCAGAAUGUUGUUGGCUGUCGUUGGGUCUUCACGCUCAAGUAUUUCUCUACCGGCCUUCUUGACCGCCACAAGGCACGCCUUGUUGCCAAAGGCUUCCUUCAGCAGUACGGUGUUGAUUACUGA